GUCCGACCACUGAAGAUGUGGAGAUGCAGCAAAUUCCAGCAGGACAUGAAGAGACAGAGAGAGAAUCAACUCCCGACACUCCUGUUCAGUACAGCUACUCUUUCUUUCAUUUUAAGUUCUUCCUGGCCUCGCUCUACAUCAUGAUGACCCUCACCAACUGGUGCUUACCUGAUGCUGACUUCAGUGUUUUAAAAAACAAAAUGGGACCAGUGUGGAUAAAAAUCACCUCCAGCUGGUUUUGUAUUCUGCUCUACAUGUGGACCCUCAUCAGCCCCGUCGUCUUCAACCGACCCUCGGUAUAAUCGCUUCAGUUUUAUCAUCCUUGCUAUCAAUCAGUACGUUACGUAACCUGUUAUUUCUCUUCGCCCCGUUAUCUUCACCAACUAAUUCAUAACAAACGAUUUUCUUUUAAUGCUGCUGUUGUCUUUACCAUCCAGUCUAGAACAUAACCACUUCAUUCAUCUUUGCCAAUCAAUUUACUACAUAACUGCUUCACCCGCACUGCCCACAUUGUCUAAACCAAACUACUUA